GCCGAGAUCAAGCGAGCGGCGGGCGGAGUUCCCGGUUCUGCGCUAGCGUUGGCUAGCUCGUGAGAAGGCGUGAGACCGGUCAUGAAUCGUGGAUGUCUGUGCACACGAAGCCUGCAAUACGUUUGGGGCCGCCCGCUUCCCCGGUACUCCUCCACCUCUCGUGCAGAUCCGGGGUCGGCAGUGGUCUGGCCAAAGUGCAGGUUUCAACCGUUGACGACAACAUGUGGAUGCAGGGUUCAGGGCGUGAGGACCACCAUCGCCACCGCCCCAUUGAUCAGUGUGAUGAGGCCCCCAACUUCUGCUCUCUCUGCACAUCCCCCCAUCGGCUCCUCCGAGCCACGUGGUUCCAGCCCAGUCAACCAUCAUGGAAUCAGAACCCGUCUUCUUCGAGCUGAGCUGGUCCAUCCUCAGCACCAUAGGAGCGGGCAAUGUCUUCUUCGGGAUUCUCGUCGUCAGCGUCACGAACUUCUCCCCAAUCGCCGCGGUCCCCCUCGUAACCUCGGCCGCUUGCGCCGUCGCAAACGGGGUUUGUUUCUACGCCUAUUACUUGCCGACUGUGCCAGUCACGAACCGCGCCGUCGCUGCGGCCUUUGCGGAUAUAUUAUGGCUGAUUCAAGAAGCUGGAAUCUCGUUGUAUAGCUAUGUCAUAUUAAGUCGCAUUCUUCGCGAUAGGCAGUGGUACCUUUUCGCGAGCCUCUUCUGGACGACCAUGGUGGCCAUCGUCGCGGUUCGCAUCAACAUCGCCAUUACGCGCGUUCGGUUCAUCGUUGGCGGCGACAUGGCGCUUCAAAGAACUGUCAACUACCUGCACAUGGCGUACUUCCCGCUCCUGGCGCUCCUCGAAUGCGUCAGCGCCUACUACCUGUUGAGGACCUUUGCUCAGGCCAAGAUGUCCACGUUCAGACGAACCAGCAAGACAGGCCUGUUUCAAUACCUGGUCCGCAGCACCGAGGUUCGCCUGGCCCUGCUUGCUCUCGUCGGCAUCAUGCGAGCCGUCACCUACUCUUUCCAGGUCAAACCCCAAAGGGCGCUCAACCUAGCCAACCAAGUCGACCGCUUCUGCUACACAAUGGAGUGCCUCUUCCCAAUCGUUAUAUACAUUGAUAUGCUGUCUUCCAAAAUUGUCUACAGAACCCAACAGCAGGAGCAGCAAUACAAUAUCUCCUUGGACCUCCAGCUUCCCGGAAGCACCUCCAGGACGGCCUCAAACGGCGGAAAGGCCAGAGUUGAACAGUUCGUCCUGUCAGGCGGCCUCAUUGAUCCGGGAGAUGUUGGGGAUACAGGCUCGGGCGAGCACAUUGUUGGCGCCGAGCCGUACCGCAUGGAAUCCUCUGACAUCGGUUUGGCGGUGAUGGAGACGAGAUGGCCAGGCGGCAGCAGGACGGUCGACGUUGAGGCUGGGGUGAACUCGUUCGGGGUAGAGCCCCGCUCAAUACCAGUAUGAAAGAGACGGAUAUCGUUGCCGGUUGACGGUUUCCAUUCCCUUAGAAGAUGGUUUAGGGAGAACACGCGCCUUACAACUGUCUAAUUAAUUCCAGUUUGUUUCCCGGCACACGAUUUACUUAUGCCGGUAAUCAUAUCACUGCUCAAACGGUGUGGCAGCUGGGUAAAUCGAACUGAAUGGAGAGCGACGACUGAGGUCUUCAAUUCCGGUCCACCUUGACCGCGGCCCAAGGCGAACCGCUUCCAUCCUGUUUCCACCAAAACUACUUGAACUACCCGACCCAACCUUUCGCCGCGUGGGAACCUUUCAGCUCAUACCUCCCUCUCGACCCAAUUCCGCACCACCCCUCCGACACUCUCGUCAUACUCCCCCA